CUUUUUAAGGUACUUCAGGAGGGGUGGGUGAAAGUCUUGUUCUUUAAAUGAGUGGUAUAAAAGUACUUAAAUUGAGUUUUCUAAUUUCACUCAUUGUUCUAUAAAGGCUACAUAUUGCAGAGUAGACCGUAUACAGUAGGCUGUAAGCUGUACCCAUCAGAAAAACAAAUAAAUAAAUAAUUAAACAAACAAAACAGUAAUAACUCGAUGCGCAAAAAUCGAGUACCAUUAAGAAAACUGAGAAAAACAGUUAGACCGCACUGCUGAUUCCAUGUGUUUAUCCUGUGCACCAGCAUCUCAGUGGAAUGCGUUAGUUGCGUGAGUCACGCAGGUCAUCGGGCCUAGUCUGCGUGUGGAGAUAUUACACCACGUAAACACAUGCACGACUGCGUCCAGUGUCAUCGCAUUUCAGGUCUGCGGCGGGUAAAAAUGUCUAUGUUUCCGGCUUAAAUCACGGCACAUAAGUUUAAGUGUCUGAGAGAAGUGAAGGCACAAAAGCGGUUACGUGUGGACAGGGAGGGCUGCACGAAUCCAACGGAGGAACACGAACGAACGCUUGUUUCACACAGCUUGCUAAAGAAGCAGGAAGCGGACUGGAGCUGCUCACCUGAACCGUACCGAAUGGAAGACUGCACUGGACGUUCACAGAAGGGAAAGGAUCUGUUUUUACCAAGUAACCGUGACUGAAACCUGCCCGGUGUUUUUGGAGUUCAACCUGAGACACAAACUCUUCACUUCAUCGGUUUCCGUGAAGCCUACAUUCGAGGACUGCGUCCGACAUUCCAUCCCGGUUUGUUGGAAAAAUCAACUGUAAAGAUGCAGCAUCCUCUUCCUCCCAUGAUGGAGCCUACUGAGAAAUAAGAUACUCUGGAGACAGCAGGUUCCCAUGGUUUGGCUUCAGCACAUUCUCUGCUAUGCCUCCCGCCAAGACAGAUCAGCUAGACUUGUGGGUGGAGUCAGGGCUGGAUGGAGACGACCAGGUUAUGGUGGACUUCCUGUUGCCCACUGGAGUCUACAUCCAGAUGGAGGUUCCUCGAGAGAGCACCAUUCAACACAUCAAACAGCUGUUAUGGAAGGAGGCACAGACAUACCCUUUCUACUCGCUCCUGGGGGAGAUGGAGAGUCACAUGUUCGAGUGUGUGAACCAGGCAGCAGUGCACGAGGAGUUGGAGGACGAGACCAGGCGACUGUGUGACGUGCGGCCGUUCCUGCCAGUCCUCAAACUGAUCACACGCAACUGUGGACGUGCAGAACGCCUGCUGGAUUCUAAGAUCGGAGUACUUAUCGGGAAAGGUCUACACGAGCUGGACGCCCUGCAAGAACAGGAAGUGAAGGACUUUCGGUCCAAAAUGAAGCGAAUCAGUGAAGAGAAAAUGCAGCGCAUGCAGAUGAUGUCAUGGGGGGAGUGGCUUCGGAGCUUUUACGCCCCGCAGGUGGAGGCAGGGUCACUGGAGAAUUUGAUUGACAAGCAUGAGGGCGGGAUCAAAAUCACUAUGCACUAUGACCAAUCACAGGACACAGCCAGUCUGAAAGUGUCAUUGCAUUGUAGAGUGACUGAACUAAUGGAUCAGGCUCUCAAGAAAUGGCAGACCACUCACAGCCCAGAGGAAGACAUUGGCCCCCGGAGCGAUUAUGUGUUGCGUGUCAGCGGCAUACUUGAGUUCCUGUUCGAAGAUCUCCCUCUCAAUCAGUACAAAUACAUUAGGACUUGUUUGUUGGCCAAUGAGAUCCCUCACUUGACAAUGGUCCACUGCAGGAUCAUGAAAGCCAUGUUUGAGAAGGAAAUCUGCACCAUCGGAUCAGUGCUGGCACGAAAGAUGUCGAACCCUCCUCUACCGCUACCCCCGAAGAAGAGAGGCCCAAUGCAGUUGCAUACGUGUGUUUGGAAGGUUCAAUCUUUGUUCAGAAUUAAUCUUGUGAAAGGCAUCAAGGUGAAUGCUGAAGAUGCUGCUAAGAUCCAGGUUCGAGCUGGGCUGUUUCACGGUACAGAGCUCUUGUGUAAGACGGCAGUCAGCAGUGAGAGCAGCAGUCGAUCUGAACAUGUGUGGAAUAAAACACUGGAGUUUGAAAUCCCUGUUUGUGACCUGCCACGUAUGGCACGUCUCUGCUUCGCAAUUUAUGCUGUAAUGGACAAAGUGAAGAAACAGAGAUCCACCAAAAACACACACCUGAACAAAUACCAGACCAUCCGCAAGGCAGGGAAAGUGCACUAUCCAAUAGCAUGGGUGAACACAAUGGUGUUUAACUACAGAGGACAACUGAAGACUGGUGACAUUAUCCUGCACUGCUGGUCCUCUUUCCCUGAUGAGCUGGAAGAGAUGUUGAACCCAAUUGGGACGAUUCAAACCAAUCCCUACACAGAGAACGCCACAGAACUACACAUAAGCUUCCCAGAAUACUCAACACAACCAGUUGUAUUUCCCCCUUUUGACAAGAUCCUGGAAAAAGCUGCAGAAAUCGUUGGAGCCAAUGACUCCAUGACAAUGGGUCGUGGGGGCAAAAAGUUUUACAUCGAGCUAAAGGAGAUCAUGGAGCGAGACCCUCUCUCUCAGUUGUGUGAGAAUGAGAAAGAUCUGAUCUGGACGCUCCGGUAUGACUGUAGAGAAAACUUCCCUCAGUCUCUUCCCAAACUGCUGCUGUCCGUCAAAUGGAGCAAACAUGAAGACAUGGCUCAACUGCAGGCUCUGCUGCAGAUUUGGCCCAAGCUGAGCCCUCGAGAUGCUCUAGAACUGCUGGACUUCAACUAUCCUGACCAGUACGUCAGAGAAUUUGCGGUGAAAUGCCUUAGAGAUAUGAGUGAUGACGAGCUGUUGCAGUAUUUGCUGCAGCUUGUGCAGGUGUUGCGCUAUGAGCCGUACUAUGACUGUGCCCUCAGCCGUUUCCUCCUGGAGCGUGCUCAGAACAGCCGCAAGAUCGGCCAUUUCCUCUUCUGGCAUCUCAGGUCUGAGAUGCACAUGUCAGCCGUAUCUGUUCAUUUCGCUCUUAUUUUGGAAGCAUACUGCCGAGGCAGCAUCCCACACAUAGAAGUUCUCAAAAAACAGGUUGAAGCUGUCAGUAAGCUGAAAGCAGUGAAUGAGCUGAUUAAACUGGGCACCAUAAAAACAAAGAACAAGACAAAAGAAGCUCAUCUUAAAGAGGCCAUGAUGACGUGCCUUAGGCAGACGGGUUUUAUUGAGACACUUUCUGACCUGUACUCUCCCCUCAAUCCAAACAUACUGCUCGCUGGAGUCAAUGUGGAGAGAUGCAGGUAUAUGGACUCUAAAAUGAAACCCCUCUGGAUUGUUUACAAUAACAAGCUUCUGGGAGGAGAUACACUGGGGAUCAUCUUCAAAAAUGGAGAUGACCUGAGGCAGGACAUGUUGACUCUACAGAUCUUGAGGUUGAUGGAUCUACUGUGGAAGGAGGCCAAUCUGGACCUCAGAAUUGUGCCUUAUGGUUGCUUGGCAACAGGAGAUCAUUCAGGUCUGAUUGAGGUGGUCUCUUCAGCCGAUACAAUCGCUAACAUCCAAAAAACGAGCAGCAACAUGGCCGCCGCGGCCGCCUUCAAUAAAGACGCUCUGUUGAACUGGCUCAAAGACAAAAACUCUGGCGAUGCUUUGGACAAAGCCAUUGAGGAGUUCACGCUAUCGUGUGCUGGUUAUUGUGUCGCCACCUACGUCUUGGGCAUUGGUGAUCGCCAUAGUGACAACAUCAUGGUUCGCAGUACAGGUCAGCUCUUCCACAUAGACUUUGGACAUAUCCUGGGAAAUUUCAAGUCCAAGUUUGGAAUCAAGCGUGAGCGCGUUCCUUUCAUCCUCACUCACGACUUUAUCCAUGUGAUUCAACAGGGCAAAACUGGCAAUACUGAGAAAUUUGGAAAUUUCCGGCAGUACUGUGAGGAGGCCUAUCUGAUUCUGAGGAGGAAUGGAAAUCUGUUCAUCACACUGUUUGCUCUCAUGCUCACAGCAGGCCUGCCAGAGCUCACAUCUGUAAAGGAUAUCCAGUAUUUAAAGGACUCUCUGGCAUUAGGUAAAACUGACGAGGAGGCCCUCAAACAGUUCCGGCAGAAGUUUGAUGAGGCUCUGAGGGAAAGUUGGACGACAAAAGUCAACUGGAUGGCUCACAACGUGGCUCACCCUUCCUAACCCAACCAAACACACACAUUUGGCUCCGAACUGAAGUCAGGGUACACCAGAAAAUGUGAAACAGCUUAUUUAUGUUCUACAAUAUACAACAAUAUUCGGUCAAAACCGAUGGAUCUGAUUGAUUGGAAACAUCUUCAAAGUUGUAGAGAUCGACAGUUGGAACCUAAAACUCAGCUUCUACGUUUUGUUGAAUAUAUAAACUGCUUUUGAUCACCAUGGGACCAUACAAAAUCCUGGUGGAAUCAGAUGUUAUGGCCUUAAAGGUGGGAACAAAGUAGAGAACUUAUUCCUUUUUAUCCUCUACUAAAAAUCUGUAAACAAUAUUUAACUCAAGCCUGCCCUUACUGAGAGAAACCAGGGAAGUUUUGAACCACGUGAUUCAGUCUGUUCACUGAUAGGACAAGGCAGUUUUGGCUUUCCAGAAUUGAUGAGAUAUCGAUGUACAGCCUUGUUGAUGUACUGGGACUCACAAACUUAUACCAAUCAGAGCUCAUUCUCAGAGGAAGUGCAUCUUAUCUGACCAAUCUGACUUGGGGUUAACUUGUGCCUCACUGCUCAAGAAACAUUUUGACUUUCUGUAUUGUUUGUAACUGUAUGUGCCAUACUACUUUAUUUUGAGAAAUAAUCUUCGAAACACUGGAAUCAUGCUAUAGAUAUAAAUAUUUUAUGGGUUUAAAAUGUUUUAAUGGUAAAGCACUGUUCCUAAACACCAUAGUGCUACUUAUUAUUAAAGUACAUAUUGCUGUAAUCAAAAAUUAUAGGGAGGGUGCACACAGAUCGUCACUAAGGAUCAUUAUUGAACAAACACUGUCAACAUAGAGGGUCUUCCCCAAUGUCUCCCCUCUCCUCUCUUCAGAGCAAGCCAUUGUACUGCAUCAUAGUUAAACCUUUAAUUUAAUGGUAUUUUGCACAGAAAUCGCAAAUUCUGUUGCCUUUUUGAUAUGGGUUUUACCCACACGUAUCAAAACUUGUGAUUUUAAGCUGCCCAUUCAGUUAAAAAGUCAACACAAAAGACAUAGAUGACCAAAAAUGUGGUGGAGGUCUAAAAGUCUAGCUGUCGUGUCCGAGUCUACUGAUAGUAAUCACUGAUGUUUGCCUGUAUUUUAAAGAACAUACAGUAAUAAUCAUAGCUUUCUACUACUGAUAACAUGCUUUGUGCCUCUAUUGCUGCUUGUAUUUUUGGCAGUGUAACUGGAGAUGUAUAGAUGCACGGUGCAUGUUAUUUGGACACUGAGAGAGUGUGUGUGUGUGUGUGUGUGUGUGUGUGUGUGUCUGUGAGAGAGAGAAUGAAAAGAUGUACUGUGAUAUAAUGAGAUUAUUAAAAGCAAUGCAAAGAUUCUAGGACCAACAUUCAGAGAACUAUUUAUGCAUUUCUUGUGCUGUGAUGGUAUAUGAGAUUGUAAGAUAAAGAUUUUAUAAUCGAGUAUGUAAAAUUCGAAUGUCUAUGGCACCGCUAUAUAGGAUGUUUUGAUGCCUUUCUUUGACCUGGUGCAAUAUGCAAAUGUAAUGUACAACUUUAAACUACUAUGAGUGUGUGUGCGCACGCUCAUGCUGCUGUAUGUUACACUGCUGACCUUUGAUUUCACUGAAACUUCUAAUACAGGCUUUGCUCUGUCUUGCCCAUUUUAUAGAAAAACUAUUAAAGUUGUUUACUUUCAUGCA